CUAACCGUCUUCCCUGGUUGGUAGUUGAAGAAUGGAAAACAGCUCUCUCUCUCUCUCUCUCUCUCUCUCUCUCUCUACCAUUACUGUUUCCCUUCUUAUCCUUCACAUUUACAGAAUAUCCCCGCAAUGCCCUCUGCAAUUCCUUUCCUCAUUCUCUCUUCCCUACUCCUGCCAAUUUCUCAUCGACCCACCAAUGGAAUUCAAUAAAAUCUCCAACUCCUUUGGUUCUUCCAGCGUCGACCACCCAUCGGCAGGUGCCAUCCGCGAAAAUCUCUUGAAGAAACAUGGCCCUAGUCACCGAAUCCCGAAAAGGGGAUUCGCGGAUUGCGUUCUGGAUUGCUUGGGAAAGCUCAUUUCAAGAAAAAAGGUUGAUAGGGGAAUGCGGUCUGAAGAGGAAGAGAAGGUUGAUGCUUGGUUGCAUGCCUUGGCUCAGUCUGAAAAGGACUUGGUUUUCGAAUAUGUGAGGUCGACAGAAAGAGGCCUGAGCUUUAGGGAGGCAGAGAGGAGACUGCAAGAAAGUGGCCCAAAUGUUCCUCUUGAUCAUACCUACCCGAGAUGGUGGCAAAUGCUAUGGGAUGCUUUCAUUCACCCAUUCAAUAUCAUUCUGAUUGUCUUAGCAGCUCUGUCAUACAUAUCGUACGAUUAUGCUAAUGGAAGCAUUAUGUUCAUACUGGUGUUCAUCAGUGUUGGACUCCGAUUUCACCAGGAGUUUACAAGUUCAAAAGCGGCCAUGAAGCUGUCAGAGCUUUUAAAAUCGCCUGUUAAAGUUCAGAGGUGCGCCGGUAGAUUUGUUCAGACAGAACUGAUCGUUCAAAUUGAUCAAAAGGAUAUUGUGGCUGGUGACAUUGUCCAUUUCAGUCCUGGGGAUCUGUUUCCUGGUGAUGUGCGGCUAUUGACCUCAAAAGACCUUGUUGUAAGUCAGUCUUCAUUAACAGGCGAGUCUGGGACGCUUGAGAAAAUUGCAGAGAUCAAAGAAGAUCCACGGACUCCUUUGCUUGAGCUUAGGAAUAUAUGUUUCAUGGGAACAAGUGUGGUAUCUGGUUGUGGCACUGGGUUAGUCAUUUCAACUGGAUCUAAGACUUACAUGAGUACCAUAUUUGCCACAUUAGGAAAAGAAAAACCGCCUGACGCCUUUGCCUCUGGUGUGCGGCGUGUUUCUUAUGCACUUAUUUGCGUUAUGCUUGUCAUAGUCCCCAUUAUCGUCUUCUUGGAUUACAAUACAUCACAAAACUGGAGUGAGAGUAUUCUAUUUGGGAUCUCUGUUGCAGUUGGUCUUACUCCUCAGAUGCUUCCUCUCAUUGUGAAUACUAAUCUUGCAAAAGGAGCCCUUGCAAUGGCCAGAGACCGAUGCAUAGUCAGAAGCUUAGUUGCUAUACAAAACAUGGGAGCCAUGGAUAUCCUAUGCCUUGAUAAGACUGGAACUCUGACCAUGGACCAGAUUAUAAUGCUACAUCACCUUGAUAGCUGGGGCUUACCCAAAGAGCGGGUUUUGCAGUUCGCAUUCCUUAAUGCUUACUUCAAGGCUGAAUUGAGGAAUCCGGUGGACGAUGCAAUUUUGGCGUAUGUUUAUACUAGUGGAUACAGGUUUGAGGCAUCCAAGUGGAGAAAGAUAGAUGAGAUACCUUUUGAUUUUUCACGGAGAAGAGUGUCUAUAAUCAUGGAAACAUAUCUGAAAAAUAUGCAUGACAGAAAUGGGCCUUGUCCUGAUAUUAGUAGAUUCAUGGUUACAAAAGGAGCACUCGAGGAAGUACUAGAUAUUUCUAGUUUCGUUGAGCAUAUCGAUGGCGGCUUUACCUCUCCUCUCUCUUUGGAAGACCGUCAGAGAAUCCUACAUAUGGGUGAAGAACUAAGUAAUGAUGGAUUACGGGUUGUGGGGUUGGCAAUAAGAAGGAUAAAAAUGGAAACCGUUGGUGGGAGAGCUGUUGAUGAUGACACAAUUGAAUCCAAUAUGGUUUUCCUCGGUCUACUCACCUUUUUUGAUCCCCCCAAAGAUUCUGCAAAGCAAGCUCUACGGCGUCUGGCAGAGAAGGGUGUAAAGGCGAAGGUCUUAACCGGCGACUCCCUUUCCUUAGCCAUUAAGGUCUGCAAAGAAGUGGGCAUCAGAACCACCCACGUGAUAACCGGCCCUGAUCUUGAGCUCCUCGACCAGGCCACCUUCCAUGAUACUGUGAAGAGAGUCACGGUACUGGCCCGCCUCACUCCGACCCAAAAGGUCCAUGUGGUUCAGUCUUUGCAAACUGCCGGAAACCACGUCGUUGGGUUCUUGGGCGAUGGAAUAAACGAUGCCCUUGCAUUGGACGCUGCCGAUGUCGGGAUCUCGGUUGACUCAGGCGCGUCAGUGGCUAAGGAUCUUGCCGACAUUAUCCUUCUCGAGAAGGACCUUAAUGUCCUUGUUGCAGGUGUAGAACGUGGUAGGAUCACGUAUGGAAACACCAUGAAGUAUCUAAAAAUGUCAGUUGUCGCUAACAUAGGCAGCAUUAUAUCACUCCUUGUCGCGACCACAUGCUUGCCGUUCGAGCCGUUGACACCAAUGCAGCUUCUUACACAGAACUUCUUAUACAAUCUAGGUCAGAUUGCAAUCCCAUGGGACAAAAUGGAGGAAGAGUACGCAAGGAACCCACAGCAUUGGUCCCACAAAGGACUGCUAUUAUUCAUGUUGUGGAAUGGGCCAGUCUGCUCUAUAUGCGAUAUCGCUGCCUUUGUGUUUCUUUGGUUCUAUUACAAUGCUUACCUGCCUUCUCAAUACAAGUUCUUCCAUUCAGCUUGGUUUGUUGAGGGCUUACUAAUGCAGACACUCAUCAUCCACAUGAUCAGGACAGAGAAAAUUCCAUUCAUCCAGGAGGUGGCAUCGUGGCCUGUGAUCUUUUCUACAGUCGUGGUUUCUGCGGUUGGGAUCGCAAUCCCAUUCACUCCUGUUGGAAAGGUUAUGGGACUGACUGAUCUUCCACUAUCCUAUUUUGGGUUUUUGGUCUUGCUUUUUCUUGGGUAUUUUUUACUUGGGCAGGUGAUCAAGAGGGCUUAUAUCAUGUUCUAUAGGAGAUGGCUUUAAUCGACGAAUGCAUUCGAGGAAGCAAAUGGAUUGGAUCUUUUGCAUGUGUAUAAAGAUCAUGGUACGUUAACAGUAUACAAUGGAGAUAAAUGUAGGAUUGGAGCCUUAGGCAGUGUUUGGAUGCACAACUGAAUCGAAUUGUGAACUGUUAGUUUUAUGAGGAGGAGAUGACAAAAGAUUAAUGA